AUACGAACACAGUUUCUUUUAUUCUCUUUGAAUCCGAGUUAAAUGAAUAAAAAAGAAACGACGACGUUUUCUCCUCCGAUUGGUAUAAACCCUAAAUGGGCGAAAUCAUAAAUCCAGUUCGCGAUUCAAGCUCGAUUCUCUUCGAUCUCGUCCUUAAGAAUCUCGAUUCUCAUCUCUCCUUCUUCGAGUAUCGCAUGAUGAGUUCGGGUUGUGAGGAUUCGUCUGUGAAUACGAUGGGAAUUCGUGGUAUCCCGGAGCAAUGCGGCUGUGGUCGAAGAACUGGGAUAUACACAUCAAAAACGAAGGUCAAUCCAGGAAAAACUUUCUUUAGAUGCCCAACGUUUCAAAAUGAUCACUUGUAUAAAUGGGUAGAUGAAGCUGUCUACGAAGAGGUUCAAGAUGCAUUGCCAAAAGUUGAGUGCUUUGCAUCAGAUGUUAUGAAAAUUAAAAUGGAGAUCGAAAGCAUGAAAACCGUGGAGGAAGAUUUGAAAGAAGAUGUCAGGAAGGCGAGCAAUGAGCUUAAGAAGCUGAAUGUGAUCAUGAAAGUGGGUUUUUCGGUGGUUUGUUUAGGCGUUGUGAUAUGUCUUGUGUUGAUCAUGUUUGACAAAGCAGAUGGGUUGUCUAUGAAUAGCUACUAGGAGACUCUGUUUAUGUAAAGCUAUGUUUAUGUAAGAAUCAUGGUUCAUGUAAGGCUAUGUUUUAAGACAAUGUUUCAGUAAUGUUUAUGUUAUACUUCUUGAUUGUUUAUAGAAGGACAAAUGAACACACCAAUGAACAGACCAUCAAGAUAAACAACAUGAUGAAAACACAAAGAUAAUAACCAACACUAUCUUCAUUGAGAGUUUCAAAUUAAAACAGCAGGAAGAGAAGAAAGAAAAAGGUAGUUCUUGUUCCAAAAACAUUCAGACAGAGACACCA